UCCUCAUUGUGUCUAGCGUCAUACAGGUCUAUUUACGAACGGGGAAAUAACGGGGAACUGGGAGUGAAAAAAGUACCGUUUUGGAAUUACGUCUUUGUGGAAAAUAUGGAGUUUCUCAUAGGAAGCCCCUUCUCUUCUCCUGUUGGACAACGAAUUGAACGAGCCACCAGCGCCGCGCUGCAUGCAGAGGACUGGGCCCUUAACAUGGAGAUAUGUGACAUCAUCAACGAGACAGACGAAGGACCCAAAGAUGCAGUUAGAGCCAUAAAGAAGAGGAUUGUUGGUAAUAAGAGCUUCAGGGAGAUCAUGUUGGCUCUGACAGUUCUGGAGGCAUGUGUAAAGAACUGUGGCCACCGGUUCCAUGUUCUAGUGGCGUCCCAGGACUUUGUGGAGGGGGUUCUGGUCCGAGCCAUCCUGCCCAAGAACAACCCUCCCACCACCCUACACGACCGGGUGCUGAGCCUCAUACAGGCGUGGGCCGAUGCGUUCCGUAGCUCUCCCUCUCUGGGAGGUGUGGUCUGUGUGUAUGAAGAUCUGAGGAGGCGGGGCCUGGAGUUCCCUAUGACCGACCUGGACGCCCUCUCCCCCAUCCACACCCCCCUCAGGAGCAUUCCAGAGAACGACUCCUCUGUUACAGUGCCAGCUCCACCGCCUCAGAGUCAGACUCCCCGUGGCCCUGCUGCCUCGUCCCCUACCCAGGCUGCACUGACUGCCGUGCCCCCACAACUCAGCGACGGACCCGUCUCCAUCUCUCCUGAACAGGCCCAGAAGCUGAGAGUUGACCUGGCUCUGGUCAGGGGGAACCUGACUGUGAUGACUGAGAUGUUGAACCAGUUGACGCCUGGACAGAGCCCGCAGGAGGACUCGGAGCUACUGCAGCAGUUGUACCAGGUGUGCAGAGAGAUGCAGAGCCGUGUGGUGGAGCUGAUCCCCAGGCUGCUGGACGAGGGCCUCAUAGAGGAGCUGCUGGUCGUCAACGAUGACUUAAACAAUGCCUUCCUCCGCUACGACAGGUUUGACAGACUCAAUAAGGCCCAGAGAACAGCUACAGAGCAGCAGACUCCUGCCAGGGCCAACCUCAUUGACCUCAGCCCUGUGUCCCAGUCCCUCAGCCAACCAGAAACCAACUCUGUGGCCGCCAGCCAACCCGCAUUCAGCGCUCCCUCCAAUCAGAGGCAGGCAGCCAACCACACCUGUCUCUGUGCGUCAGGUGCACCAGAGGAGGAUGAGUUUGACAUGUUUGCCCAGACCAGGGGCAGCUCUCUGGCCGAUCAGAGGAAGAGUAUGCGGUACGAGGACCCAGGAGCAGUGGAAGGACUGGCUGGAGCCCUGGACACCAGGUUACAGGUCACUGGAGCGAUUCCUUCGUCUAAGCCUGGCCUUAAGAACUCCACCCUGGGAGACAUUGACAGAUGGCUGUCUGCGGACACAGAAACGCAACCAGAGGCUGGGGACAGGGAAGGGCUGUCCAGUGAGGAGUUUGACAAGUUUCUGGAGGAAAGGGCGAAGGUGGCCGACCACAUUCCCUCAACACACAGCCUGCCCCCUGUCUCGUCCAGGCCCCCGCCACAAUCCGCCCGGCCACAGGAGAGCUCCCAUGACCAGCUUUUCUCACUCUGAGAGAACGGCGCACGCGCAGCACAGGUGGACUCACAGGUGGACACGUAGUCCUAGCCAACACAUAGGAUGAAUACGCACAGUGCCUUGCUACCUUUUUAAUCAUAGUGUUUCUACUUUCAAAUGAAGAUGUUUUUCAGUCUUCACUUUGUGCUGUUGCUGUAGUUAAAGUCUAUGACAUGAUGACAAGCGGUUAUGCUGUGGUGGCACUUUACUUUACCUUAUCAAUGUGUGUGUAUAUCACCUGAGUAUGCGUGCUUGGUUACACACACACACUGCAUGGUGGUCUUUUUUUAUUGAGUUUUUAUUUAACUAGGCAAGUCAGUUAAGAACAAAUUCUUAUUUUCAAUGACUGCCUACACCGGCCUAACCCGGACUCCCAAUCACAGCCGGUUGUGAUACAGUCUGGAUUCGAACCAGGGGGUCUAGUGACGCCUCUAGUGCUGAGAUGCAGUGCCUUAGACCGCUGCGCCACUCGGGAGCCCCCACUCGGGUAUCACAUCAUUCAAAAGCCUAUACACUGAGGGUGCAAAACAUUAAGAAUACCUUCCUAAUAUUGACCCCCCUCAGAACAGCACCAAUUUGUCUGGACAUGGACUCUUCAAGGUGUUGAAAGCGUUCAACAGGGAUGCUGGCCCAUGUUGACUCCAAUGCUUCCCACAGUUGUGUUAAGUUGAGUGGUGGACCAUUGAUACACACAGGAAACUGUUGAGCAUGAAAAACCAAGUGUUGCAGUUCUUGACAUACUCAAACCGAUGUGCCUGGCACCUACUACCAUACCCCAUUCAAAGGCACUUAAAUAUUGUGUCUUGCCCAUUCACCCUCUGAAUGGCACACAAACACAAUCCAUGUCUCAGUUGUCUCAAGGCUUAAAAACCCUUCUUAAACCUGUCUCCUCCCCUUCAUCUACACUGAUUGAAAGUGGGUUUAACAAGUGACCUCAAUAAGGGAUCAUAGCUUUCACCUGGAUUCACCUGGUCAGUCUGUGAUGGAAAGAGCAGGUGUUCUUAAUGUUUUGUCCACUCGGCACAGACUUGUAAAUAUACACUAUCUAGAUUUCCUGAAUACUGAGACCAGUUGAAUCAAUGCAGAAAGCAAUAUCAACCUUUAAUGGAGAUUCACACUUAGUUCAUAUACUGCACUUCAGAAUUAGAAUUAUGUGAACUGUGUGUGUGUAUGUAUAUAUAUAUAUAUGAAGCCUAGUAUUAUGAA